UCCGUCUCAAAAACGUACAAAACACGAUGCUAAAAAAUCUCCUAGAUGCCUGCGGUGCCGCGUUGGCAUUUUAUGUUGUUGGUGAGUAGAGUGCGGUACAGCUUGUAACCACAGCUCGUUUCCUUUUUCCGUGCGGUGUGCAUUUGUGGUCUCCGCUCGCAGUGAGUUACUACCAAGUAGGUACCUCUUCUACUGGCUAACAGUCGCCCGUGCCAUUGCAUUCUCCACCCUCUUUUGUUUGCCCUUAUAGGAUAUGCUUUCGCGUUCGGUGGCCAAGAGGAAACUACCGCCACGACUUUUCUCGGGUACAAGGGAUUCGCCUCCGCCGGGCUAUCUCCUAGUUUUUGGUUCUUUGAAUACACGUUUUCCGCUACAUCUGUAACUAUCGUCGCUGGUACCCUCGCUGAACGAUGCCAAAUGGUAGCAUACCUGUGCUAUUCUGUUGCUCUAGCGGGAUUCGUUUAUCCAGUGGUAAGGAAAAGCAUUUGGUUGUUGCUUGAUGUCCGAUUUCUUUGGCACAUGGAUAUAUGAGAUGCGUUUGAUUGUUUGGCUUGCCCUCAAAAUAUUUUCGUUGUUUUUUGUUGAAGGUGGCACACUCCGUUUGGUCAAACAAUGGAUUUUUGAGUGUCUCGAACACCGAAAAUCCUCUCUUGGGUAUUGGAUCUAUUGACUUUGCCGGAUCAGGGGUGGUUCAUGUUACAGGUGAGACAAUGGAUUCGAUUUAGUGUGGCCGCGACGGCUUUUGAUUCCCCUUUGAUGGUUCUGCUCUCUCACACCAUACUCCCGGUCAUGUUUAAUAGGAGGAGCCACGGCUUUGUUGGCUACAAUUAUUCUAGGACCAAGGCGUGGAAGGUUUUAUGAUGCCCAAGGCGACCCCUUGGAAACACCGAAUCCGUUUCCUGGUCAUUCAGUGGCAUUGCAACUACUGGGCACCAUGAUAUUAUGGUUUGGAUGUGAGUUUCUAAAAACCAAUCUGGCUCCGUGCUGUGUCUUGCACUGCAUCUCCAUCGACUCAUUUUUUUGUUUUGUUUCCAACACAAACCAUCAGGGUUCGGCUUCAAUCCCGGAUCGGCUCUGAUUCUCGGAAUCGACAAAGCUGGCGAGGUGGCGGCGGUUGCCGCCGUCAGCACCGCCCUCUCCGGUGCAGCGGGUGGGAUCACCGCUCUGUUUACAAACCUCUACUUGGUCGAACGUUUCACGGGGGAACCGUAUUUCUCGAUAUUACACGCGAUGAACGGAUCUCUCUCCGGAUUGGUGGCCGUUACGUCCGGAUGCGCCCUUGUCGAGCCGUGGGCCGCCAUUGUCAUCGGAAUGAUCUCCGGUUGGAUCUACAUCGGUGCUUCCAAGCUGCUGAUCCGGUUGCGCAUCGAUGACGCCGUGGAUGCCAUUCCGGUACACAUGUUCAACGG